GAGUGAAUGGAACGCACGCGAUAUUCGUAAAGAAAUUUGAACACGACCAUUUAGUGUUGACAGCUGCCAAGUUAUUCAAUCGACAUGGACGUCCAGAAGUUGGCGGAUGUUUUAAAAGCCACAUUGGACCCAAAUCAAAGAGAACAGGCGGAACAACAUCUCCAUGAGGUUCAUAAGAUUGUUGGAUUUGCCCCAAUUCUGUUACAUGUUGUCAUGUCAGAACAGUUUGAAAUGCCCGUCAGACAAGCAGGUGUGAUUUACCUGAAGAACAUGGUGACCCAGUUCUGGCAGGAUCGUGAGGCGGAGACCCCCGGGGAGGCGGUUCCCUUCAACGUACACGAGCAUGACAGACACACCAUACGACAGAACAUAGUCGAGGCCAUCAUACAGUCUCCAGAAGUGAUUCGUGUACAGCUGUGUGUCUGUGUGAGUCAUAUAGCUAAGUAUGAUUACCCUGGACGCUGGCCUGACUUCGCUCAGAAGAUCGCCAUGUACAUCACCUCAGACAAUCAGGCCACCCUCAUGGGGGCCUUGAUGUGCCUUUAUCAGCUUGUGAAAAAUUACGAGUACAAGCGUCCCAGCGAGCGUGAGCCUCUGAACCAGGCCAUGCAGCAUCUUCUGCCAAUCAUCUACCAGCGUUGUCAACAGCUCCUGCCUGAUGUCUCGGAGGCCUCUAAUCUGCUACAGAAACAGAUCCUCAAGAUCUUCUAUGCUCUCACACAGAAUUUCCUGCCACUGGAUUUGAUCACUAAGGAAAUGUUUACCCACUGGAUAACACUCAUCAGACAGAUUGUAGAUCGACCUGUUCCAGAUUCUUGCAAUGAAAUUGAUGAAGAUGAGAGGCCAGAAUUAGCCUGGUGGAAGGUGAAGAAAUGGGCCACACAUAUACUGGCCAGACUCUUUGAAAGAUAUGGCAGCCCUGGCAAUGUAACCAAAGAGUACACCCAGUUUGCUGAGUGGUAUCUGAAGAGUUUCUCACAUGAUGUGAUUCAAGUGUUACUGAAAGUAUUAGAUUUGUAUCGUCAGAAGAUAUAUGUGGCACCUAGGGUUCUUCAACAGGCUCUAAACUAUCUCCAUCAAGGAGUCAGUCAUGCGUUUUCAUGGAAGUUCAUGAAGCCAUAUAUUCAGAAUAUAAUCCAGGAAGUUGUGUUCCCACUGAUGUGUCAUACAGAUGAGGAUGAGGAGAUGUGGAACACAGACCCUCAUGAAUAUAUCAGGGUCAAGUAUGAUGUGUUUGAAGAUUUCCUGUCGCCUGUGAUCGCAGCCCAGUCAUUACUGCACAGUUCCGUGUCCAAACGGAAAGAUAUUCUGCAGAAAACGAUGGGUUACUGCAUGCAGGUUCUGACCACGCCCAACGUCAACCCACGACAGAAAGACGGCGCUCUGCACAUGGUGGGAGCUGUGGCAGAUAUAUUGCUCAAGAAAAAAAUGUACAAAGAUCAGGCUGAGAUGAUGUUAACACAACAUGUGUUUCCUGAAUUCCAGAGUCCAUACGGCUUCUUAAGAGCAAGGGCAUGUUGGGUGCUCCACUAUUUCUGUGAGCUGAGGUUUAAGAAUGAGCAGAACCUGCUGCAGGCCCUGAUGUGCACAAAGACCUGUUUGUGCUCAGAUAAAGAUUUACCAGUGAGAGUGGAAGCAGCCAUCGCUCUUCAGAUGUUAAUUACAGAGCAGGAGAAGGCCAAACAACAUAUGCUCCCACAUGUGAAAGAAGUGGUUAUUCAGCUGCUAAAUGUGAUACGUGAGACAGAGAACGAUGACUUAACCAGUGUGAUGCAGAAGAUAGUGGUGACCUAUGUUGAUGAGGUGGCCCCUCUUGCAGUGGAGAUGACCUCACAUUUGGCUCAGACAUUUGCAGCAGUCCUGGACACAGAUGUGGACGGAUCAGAAGAGAAAGCCAUCACAGCCCUAGGCUUGCUCAAUACCAUGGAAACCAUCUUAAAUGUGAUGGACGGACAGCCAGAGAUUAUGAGGCAGUUAGAAGGCAUUGUGCUGAAUGUUAUAGGAACAAUCCUACAACAGAAUAUAUUAGAUUUUUAUGAGGAAGUUCUGACCCUGAUCUACAGUCUCACAGGCACACACAUCUCCAACCACCUGUGGCAGGUCUUCAAGAUGCUUUAUGACAUGUUUCAGAAAGAUGGAAUUGAUUAUUUCACAGAAAUGAUGCCAGCUUUACAUAAUUACGUUACUGUGGAUACACCUGCUUUCCUUUCCAACCCUGAAAACUUACAGAUUAUUUACAACAUGUGUAAAACUGUAUUGACAGCAGAUGUUGGAGAGGAUGCAGAAUGUCAUGCCGCUAAAUUAUUAGAGGUUGUAUUACUCCAAUGUAAAGGCCACGUUGAUCAGGUUGUACCUUCCUUCGUGGAGUUAGCACUAGAGAGGUUGACAAGAGAGGUAAGGACGUCUGAACUGAGGACAAUGUGUCUGCAGGUGGUAAUAGCAGCUCUGUAUUAUAACACAGGCUUUUUACUGGAGACCCUGGCCAAGAUGCACUUACCCAAUACCACAGCCUCUGUCACUUCUCAGUUCCUCAAACAGUGGCUUCACGAUACAGACAGCUUUCUGGGAUUACACGAUCGUAAGAUCAGCGUGCUAGGUCUGUGUUCUCUUUUGUCCACGGGAGCAAACCGUCCUCAGGAGAUCAAUGAGGUAGCCACUCAGAUGAUCCCCUCCAUGUUACACCUCUUCCAGGGACUCAAGAGAGCCUAUGCCAAUCGAGCACAAGACGAGGCUGAGGAAGAGGAGGAGGAAGAAGAGGAAGAUGAAGAGUAUGAGCCAGAGGUUUUAGAAGAUGACGACGAUGAUAUAGAUGAUGAAUCACAGCAGUAUUUAGAAAAACUAGAAAGGGCGGAAGCUGGAGAAGAUGAUGACAGUGAUGGGUAUUCAGAUGAUGGAGAAGAUGAAACGCCUUUAGAAACAUUCACCACACCAAUAGACGAGGAACACUCACCUGUGGAUGAAUAUAUCAUCUUUAAGUCUGUUCUCGAGGGUUUGCAGACUCAGGAUCCUAACUGGUACAACCUACUGAUCAGUCAGCUGACCGCUGAACAGAAGACAGAACUGGAGGAAGUGUUUACACUGGCUGACCAAAGGAAAGCUGCUGCAGAAUCGAGGCGUAUUGAGCAGGGAGGUGGUUAUGUGUUCACCAACACCUCAGUGCCAACAACAUUCGACUUUUCCAGUCCAUAAACGACACAGGAUUUCACAGGUUGCCUCCAGAUUGACUCCAGUCGGAGAAGUAUUGUGCAUUUGCUUUGACACACCAAAAUGAACUGUUAAAAAAAUCCCCAAAAAACAAAAAAAAAAACACCUCACCUAUGACAGGAGUGGAUGCUUAUUCUGCAACUGAUUUCCAUAUGUGCAUUGACGUCUCUUGUGUUAUGUGAUAUAAGUGAACAGUAUACUGAUGACCCCUGGAGUCAGUUUGAUACAGACUGAAUCUGGCUUUCCGUAAUGUUCCUGGUGUUGCAUAUUUAUUUGUUGCUGUUAAACUCGCGUAGCACAUGGACUACAUGUAUGUAGAACUGAACCUCGCCGUUGGAAGACCUGCCUUCACAAGCACAGCUGUAUUGUGGGUAAAUAUCCCAGGACCUUGAGUGUCUCAUCAUUCUGAUCACUCGACACAACCCUGGACUCCUUUUGCUGAACCGAUUUAUGACUGCCUGUAUAUAUUGCUGCAAUUUUUCCAAGGUUCCGUUUGUGGAUGAGUAUAAUGAUUCAUGGGUGGGCUUCUUGCUUGGUGAAAUUAGCGUACGAUAUUAAUGGGUGUUUUACUACAAAAGGAGCCAUUCUUAAUGCACUGACUGUACAAGACUUCACUAGAUGCAAAGCAGUUUUAUUGCUUGACAUGUACAUAUUUCUGUGCACAGUGUUUUUUCCUUUUAAGUUUUAAGCUCCAGAAUUUGCCACCAUUCCUCUUGUACUGGCGAGCAGUUUCAACCUACAAUAGAUUUUUUCACUUUACUGGUUCAAGUCCUUCUGUUUUCAAAGCCACUCAGAGCAAUAUUUUUUCAGCAGGGUACCAAAAGUUCUCCAGAUUCCGAAGACAUUUGACUUAAAUGAAAUUGAAUUUGUUGUUGAUGUUUCCAGCUACAUGUAUUUUGUGUGUAGUCCUUGGCGAAGAACAGUUGAAUGUUUUCCAAAUGACUGCCGGAAACCACUAUAUGGCCAGUGCUGAACUGUAUACAAUAUUGUAAAAUAUUAUACAAACUUUAAUGCCUUUCUGCAGGACAUGUAUCAGUAAGCCUUCUGAGUUCACUUAAGCAUUGCUCAGUCUGUGCUUUGUGAAAGUUUUUGUACUGUUAAAAAGUGAUCCUAA